CAGACGAGUUCCACGGAAGGGGAACCGUAGGGGAAAGAGCGAUUGUCGAACAUCUGUCACCAAGCGGGGGCUACGUCCGUUCUGGUUCCACUCUUGGAUACCGCUGGAUAGCGCACAAUACACAUCAUAACGCGAUACACCGUCAUGGCACCCGUUCUCAUUAUUCGCUGAAGAGGCGUGGAUUCGCGAAAAAAAUUGUCGCGAGGUGUACAGAACGCAUAAUUAUUUCGCAAGAAAUCGCCGUCACUCCUCCGGUUUUAAGGAAUUAAUGCCCUUUGGCUUAAUACCGCUACGAUGAGUUCAGGCAGACCGAUUAAGUGCGUCGUGGUCGGCGAUGGAACCGUUGGGAAGACGUGCAUGUUAAUUUCUUAUACGACGGAUAGUUUCCCUGGAGAAUAUGUGCCUACUGUGUUUGAUAAUUAUUCCGCACCUAUGGUAGUAGAUGGAAUUCCAGUAAGUCUCGGCCUUUGGGAUACCGCCGGUCAAGAGGAUUACGAUAGGUUGCGGCCUUUAUCGUAUCCACAGACAGAUGUGUUCCUCAUUUGUUUCUCCGUAACCAGUCCUUCGUCCUUUGAGAAUGUUACCAGUAAAUGGUAUCCUGAAAUUAAGCAUCACUGUCCUGAUGCGCCGAUGAUCCUUGUUGGUACUAAAAUUGAUUUGCGAGACGACCGAGAGACCCUCACUGCGUUGGCCGAACAAGGACUUAGUGCCAUUAAACGGGAACAAGGGCAGAAAUUGGCUAAUAAGAUACGAGCAGUUAAAUACAUGGAAUGUUCUGCUCUCACUCAACGUGGGUUAAAGCAAGUCUUUGACGAAGCAGUACGUGCCGUUCUUCGACCGGAGCCCCAAAAACGCCGGCAAAGGAGAUGCAGCGUAUUGUAAACGCGAAUGGUUACUCUGGCUCUAAAGGAAGUAAUAUAGGAAAAAAACGAGUAUGUCGGCCAUUCGACGAAGCUAGGUUCGUACGUGAGCCAAUGAUUCACAGUUGAUUUCACAAGUUCAGAAAGUCUAGUUUUGAAAGUCACUUCGGCAGCCGAAGUCGACCUCGUGUCAGCUAAAGUACAAGGUAUUACUUCCCGGAUUAAAUGAUAUAAGCUUUAAAUACUAACAGAAUGUGAAAGUUUAGACAUAAUAUGCAGUGGAGGUUAUGCUCCAAUACCACGAAUCCAGUAAGACUGAAUUUGUAAAAUUGACGGUGAAAGAACGUAGCAGAGUCUUGUAUUUUGACAUAAGGAAUUAUCAAAUAGCCGUAGUUACUUCGUGUCUACGGUAACACCGAUACCAAUAGGAACUUAAGUAUUGCAAGGAUGUGAGGAUAGGAGUUUUUAUGUGGUACCGAAUGUUUUUUAAAAGCUUACAGACUUGAGUUUUUAAUAUCAUGAAUUGCUCCUGUUUUUUGCAAAAAAUUCGUCAGCUUACUUCGUUGAUACAUUGUGAUGUAAUUGUGAAUUAGUAACACUCAGUAGUAAGUCUUAAAAUCGCAGAUUAGAUUUGCAAAUGUUUUUUUACUAGAGUGCAACUUUGCCUUAUGGAAACAACACCUUUCGUUGUUUUUUCUAAUCAUAUCUUUCUUGAGGCUAGAAGCUUUAAAAUGUUGCAUUAUCAUAAGUAACCAGUGCCAUAGCAAUGAAAAAAUCAAAUCAGCGUCGUGAGCCUCUUGGCCUCAAAUUCUAGAUGAUGAUCGUUCAAUACAAAAACUGUUUCUAAGAAAAAUUGAUUGCGGAAUUAAUGUAAACGCACAAAUUUUGUAAAGAUAUUUUCUGAAUUUUUGUGGGUACCGUUCCAUGCUGCGUAGGGGAUGCUGGUUUUCUUGGAGGUUAGGGAACACAACUCGUUUUACCAUAGACAAUGCACAACAAAGAAUAAGUUGACCGGAGGAUGAUUAUUGUCUGGAAUUUGAAUGAUUCACUGUUACAUAUGAGAUGUAAAGUAUAUGGAAGGCUGUAAAAUAUCAUAUAUUAUCUUUUUAUCUUUUCCUUGCUAACAGAAAGUAUAACCUUCUCGAGCUAACAUUUAACGCAAAAUAUUAACAUCAAAAGAAUAGGUCUAACGUUUGAUUUUUAUUAAUGGUAAGGUUAGUGGCUCUUUAAUGAAAAGAUUUACGGUGGUGUAUUUAUAAAAUUAACUCGUGAAUUAUAAAUAAUAACGUGAAAGGCUACAUCUGAUCACUCAAGUAUGUGUCAAGGAAACGAUAGGUUUCAAGUCGCAGUGGAAACACAUCAUUGAGCGCAAUAAUUUAUUGCGAAGAUUUUAUUUGUUCGAAGGACGUAGAAGAGGAUUUUUUAUAUGAAAACGUGGAAUCCGUAGCCUUACAAAGUUUGUACGAAAGUGAUCCUCACAAGGAAGCGUUAUCGAAUGCAGCGAGAUAAAAACCUGCUAGUUGUCACCGAUUAGCUUAAUGUUUUGAAUCUAAUGCCAUCAAUUUACAUUGAGUACCUACGCGUCCAUAACUUUCCUAACCUGAAAAAGUAUGAAAGAACAUUCGAAUCUCAGAGUAGGCAAUCGCCACGAGCAAAUAUUUCCCUGCCUACGAACACGGUAUUUUUUAUAUUUAAAUAGUCUAAACUAGGAACCAUAUUAGGACAAAUGUGCCAUAUGUUUUCAAGUUUGCAUGACAAAUGACAUGUACCGAGAUGUCCCCCCUUGCGUUUCUGUUGAAACGGAAGCUGGGUGAGAUUUGAAAAUAUGUAACCGAAGAGCACUGGAUUACGAAGAAACGUACGAAUUAAUUGAUUGACAAGGCAUUGUUAAUGCUUGGUAGAUGUACAUAAUGUAGCAUAAGAGAAGCUUUCGUUGUGCUCCGAUCUGACGAACCAUGUCUCGCUGUCAUUUUUAAUUACAUCCAAGCUUGUUUCUCAUAGUUUUAACGAUAAAUCUCAGAUGGAAUGCUCCAACUGUUUAUUCAACAUAGGCAUCUUUCACCGGAUCGGGAUGCAAUUCGAGGAAGAUAUUUAUAGCUAUCUUCAAAUUCGCUAAAUCUUGUUGAAGUUUGCUUCUUAAAAGUUGACAGCAUAUUUAGCGAAUUACUUAUGCGUGGCAUUAUUUUCCUUAAAUUUAUAAUUACGAUAGUGUUACAGAUCCACCGAAAAGAACUGUCCGCACUGUUGUUCAUUUUUUAGUAGAUCGAUUGAAGUAUAUAAGUGUUUUAUUUUUAAAUUAGUCCUUUUUUUAUUUUGUUUGUUUUUGUGUAAUUUGUAACGUUUUUUACAUUAGAGCCUUCUACUGCCAAAAACAGACUUACAUAGGCAGGUGUUUAUAUGUUAUUUUCUGUUAAUUAUAAAUCACUACAGGCCCGAUACAUAUUUUUCAUUCGUCUUUUCGUUGCUUCUGUAACACAUUAGCAUAGCGUGCGAGCGUGUACAUACAUGCAUGAUUUACACGGUACAUAUAUUUGCAGUGACCUAAAUAUAUGUACUAAUAAACGCAUUCAUGUAUGAACGCGUAAAUGAGUUAGAGUUAAUAAUAAUUUAUGGAAAGCAGACGCAUAACAAUUUUGUAUUAUAUUGCCGAUACUACCGCUAAAGAAUUGCAUUCAUUGUAAGUAGUGCAUUUACUUGUCGCAUAAUCUCGUGAUUAUUAUUAACUUACCACGAUACCUUCAAAGAAGGGGGCUUUUAAUAUUUUUCAGAAGUUAUUAUUAAGCAUGACGCAGGCAGCUAUCGAUACUGGUCUUUUUCUAGAGUUCGGUCCAAAAGGCUCAUGAUAUUUUUACCAAUUAAUAUAUAGUUGAUUUAUUAUAAAUACACUGCUUACACGCGAUGCUAUCAAAAGGAAUUGCUUCUACCGAUACAUUUUAUCUCGUAAUAGGAAAAUCAUAUCGUAGAGUGCUGUAAACCAAAGCUAAAUACUUCUUACGAUUUACUGUAAUUUUAAUACUAUUCAUUAGGUAGACCAUUGCACAUAAACUCACGGUGAGCGAACGAGGUGUAAAAUAUUCUAGUCAUCAAGAAUCUGUUUCCGAUACUUUACAUGCGACCCUGUCGAAUGUCUGCUUUUCUUAUUCGGAGUCGAGGAAACCAAUGUCAGAUGAGGCUGCAAUAGUGUGUGAACACAGAGUUGAGACGUUAAAUUAAGCCUAAAAGUCAUGGAUUGUGUAUAAACUCAGCCUAUGAGUCUGCGUAUGUGCUCGAAUUUUUAUAUGAAUGGUCAAUAAUUUAUCGAACAUACCCUCUGUCUAUUUUACGAAGACUUGUGCAGGAAUGACAUUCUACCUUUAUGGUUUAAGUACGAUAGCAUUUUUAAAAGCGCUUCUCUCAGACUGAUCUACAUACAUCCGCAGCAUUCUGACUGUUUAAAAUUCAUUUCAUGUCUUCGUCUCUGAUGCGUCACGACUUUUUUGUGUGAUCUUACCCGUGCCGGUAUUUUUCUACUUUUUUAACAUUAAAAGGACCAACGCCGA